CUCGCUCUCCUCUGCAAGAGGCGCCGAUGCUGCAUUAAACCCCGGCCGGGAGGCUCCCUUAGCGGGCCCAGGCCUGGAGAGAAGAGGAAGCGCCAGUGCGCAGGCGCAGCCCUUGGGAGCGCCCCAUCCAGACCGCGACGGCGGCGGCGGGGUCAAACCCGCCGUGGGCGCCUGGCAUGGCGGCCUUCUCCUCGCUGGAGGAGCAGAGGCGCUUGGCAGCCAACAUCACCCGCUUCCUCGCCCUCUACGGCCACAUCGCGGACGCCUACGUCAUCGAGUUCUUCACAGACAAUCUGUGGGGCAGCCUCCCCCUUUCCUGGCAGGCAGCCCUGGCCCACCUGACCCCUCCGCAGCUGGCGGCCCUCUUGCUGGAGGACAGGCGCUCCCCGGAAGCCAGCUACAGCUCCGUCUGGCCGCUCUCGCUGCUGGCCUUCAGAGCCACCGCCCACUCCUUGGCCUUUCCCAGAAGAGCUGGGGGCCAAGGGGGCACCUCGGGGUCCGAGGGCCCAGAAGAGUUCCAGGGGAACCCCCUGCAGAGCGCCAGGCUCCAUCCCCUCUUCCGGAAGCACGUCAAGCCCAAGAAGCAGCACGAAAUCUGGAGGCUGGGACAGGUAGUGAAGAGGCUGAGCGAACUCACUGGAUGCCACCACAUUGUUGAUGUGGGGUCUGGACAGGGCCACCUCUCCCGCUUCCUGGCCUUUGGUCUCCAUCUGCCGGUCAUUGCAGUUGAGGGAGAUGCCCGCCUGGUCACUCAGGCCGCCAAGUUUGACCAAGAGGUGCUCCAGGCCCUGGAGAAAGAGGAGGUCACAGGCUCUCAGGCCCCAGGCGGCCUCUCUCCUCAAGGGCCGCGGCACGUAGUGGGAUGGGUUGAUCCUGAGGCGCCAUGGACCGAGUUUCUGCACUUGCUGCAGCCUAGGCAGGACCCGGGGGGCAGCCCUGAAGGGGCAGCCGGGAUGCUUCUUGAAAAGAGAAGCUGCCCACCCAUCACUGUGCCCCGUGAAGGAAGGAGAGCAGGAGCUGGUAGGGAAGAUAACCCAGCUGCCCUGGAGGAUGGGGGCUUGGGAGAGGGGCAGGGGGGCCCUCGCCUCCUCCUCACCGGGUUGCAUGCCUGCGGUGACCUGAGUGUAGCAGUCCUGCGUCACUUUGCCCGCUGCCCACAGGUAGGGGCCAUCACUUCAGUGGGCUGUUGCUACAUGAAGCUGACCACUGAGGAAACAGGCCCCUGCCCCUAUGAGUGGGGCUACCCUCUGAGCAGCUGGGUUGCCUCCUUGCCAGGCCACCAGCUCUCCUACAAGGCCCGCGAGGGGGCCUGCCAUGCUCUUGAGGACUACAUUGGCCGGCUCAGGCGGCAGAGCCCUGGCCUCCAGACCCACUGCUUCCGCGCCACCCUGGAGACGGUGAUUCGGGCUGUGGACCCAGCUAAGAGGCGCUUGGGGGUCCAGACUAUCAAGAAGGCCCACACCCUUUCCUUCCAAGAGUAUGCCCGACUGGGGCUGGAGCGCUUAGGACUGGAGGCCAGCCUGGCCCUCGUGCCACCUGAGCCCCUGGCAGCCAUGUUGGCCCAGGAACAGCAGGUAGUGGUCUUCUUCUGCCUGGCCCUCCUUCUGGCCCCCGUGGUGGAGACUCUUAUCCUGCUGGACCGCAUGAUCUACCUGCAGGAGCAAGGGUUCCAAUGUGAGCUCCUCCCGCUGUUCGACCCCCACUUCUCCCCCAGGAACCUGGUGCUUCUGGCAGCAAAGACCAAGUUGGGUUCCUUCCUCAGAGGCCUCUCAGCAGAAACCUAACAAGAGAGAGUUGAGUGGGAAGUUUCCUUUCUUCUCCCAAUGGAAGAGACCCAGCUGGAUGUGGGGCCUCUGGGCAGCUCCUUCCCAAGCAGAGCCAUGCUUGGAAACCCCAAGACACUGAGGGUUUGAAGUGCGCCACUUUGGAUGCCCAGGACUUGCCCAGGACACUGGAAAAAACAGCUUGAGAGGUAAUUGAAAGGAUUUCCAGCAGAGGAAGGUGGGUUGGAUCUUCACAGACCGCAAGAGGAGGAAAGGCUGGGAAGUCCUUUAUUGAGGAGAUGAUUGAUCCAGGCAGCCUCUGGUCCGUAAUGAGAAGAGAGCAGCGUCAAUACCAGUAAGACUUCCUGAAGCUCCGCGUCUCCACGAUCCCCUUCAGCUCCAUGAUCUCCUCUUGGAACGUCUUCAAGGAGGGAAUGUAGGUCUUCUCCAGGGCGUCCUCCACAGACGUGUCCUUGGGGCCAUCUUGGAGGAAGGAAAGAAAGGUUUAGCAUUCUUUUUCUCCCAGUCCUGUUCUCUAUAAGGCUGUUCUCAUGGCAAUACCAGAAUGAUAAUAACUGGGGAGGGGGUCCGGGGCAAGUGCUGCCCCUCUCUCCCCCCAGGAAGCCCCCAUUCACCUGUCCAUUGCUCUGGGAUGAUGCCAUCCUCCCGCUGCUCCACCGGCUUGGGGAUGAUCCUGCCAGUCCUGAGGGAGACUCGCACUCGCUCCCCCUCCUCUGUGUAGCGCCAUUCCACCUCCGUGGGUUGCCUGGGGGCGGGAUGACAGAAAGCGGGCAAAGGGGCCGAAUGACCGAUCCACCGGAGUAAAGAGGCUCCCAACCCCAGCGCCAGGCAAAGCCCCAAGAGGCGCCUGGAGCGUCAGCAGUUGUGCUUAAAAGGCUCUACUGUCUUCUCCUAAUAAAGGGACGCUUGGUAUAAAAA